AUUUUGUGCCUGUUCACGAAACGUUGGCGGCAUGAGCGGGCCGUUUGGAGAAGCGUACACGGUGUCAAGGAUGCUGGACAGCAUCAACGAGACCAUGGGCGAUGGCGCCAAGGUGGAAUUGAAGCGGAAUGUUGGCAACGGGGUCGCUCUAGAUACGUCUGCAAAGGAAAUCGCGUGUCUCGACACCCAAGCGAAGAUCAAGACCUCUGUAGAACGAGUGGCCAAUAUGGAUUCGCUGGAGAAGCAAGCGUGGAUAGCGCAUCAACGGAGCAAGGGAAACGAUCUGUUCAAAGCACAAAAGUUCAAAGAAGCUAGCGACGCAUACCUUGAAGCGUUGACAGGCCUCGACCUCGGGGGUCCUGGCCAUAUCGACGUCCAACGAAACGUCCAGCAUCCCAUCACAUGCAACAUCGUCGCAUGCAUGCUGAAAUUGGAGCAAUGGGACAAGGCCGUGAAGAUGGCAUCCAUUGUCUUGACGGCAGAGCCCACGAACGUCAAGUCUCUUGUUCAGCGAGCGAGGGCAUAUAUGCAUUUGGAAGAUUUCGACAAGGCCCGGAAGGACGCCAUUGCUGCACAAGACCUGGCGCACGAUGUGUCCAAGUUACUGGAGACCAUACGUCGCACACAAUUGCAUGCAAGGCGACAGCAACAAGUGAAAACCUCGUUCGAAAAGAACAUGAUGAAACACAUCGGGUCGAUUUACCACGACAAGAAGCCACCUCCCAAUCCUUCCAACAUGACGCUGUCCAAGCCAUCCCCGACGUUGCGUCUGUGGCGCCAAGUUGUCCAAAAUGUGUUCAAGUGCCUCGCAUGGGCAUUGAACCUUUGCUUUGGCAAGCGUAAACUUGCUUAAGUUCAUCCAGUUAAUAUAUGUCGUUUAGAAUAGA